UAAAUCUGAUUAUUAUUAUUCCAAUUUCUCGAACGCAAACUCUUUCAGACAUGUUUGGUCUUAAACUGGUUCAUCUCCCUUAAUCUCUGUAAUUAUCUCUGCCAAUCGGCGACAGACUCGAAUCAAACCUAAUCUUCUGUUUUGGACAAAGAGUUAUGGCUGCUGCACAUGAUUCAUCACCAAGAGAAGACCUUGAGUUAAAAUUUGGUCAACUGCAUAUAGAUUAUAAUUCACAAGCUGAGGAGUUAGGUGUUCUACUGGAUAGGGUCAAAUCAGCUGCAGAAAGCUUGCACAUUCUGAGGUCAAAAGCUAGGAUCUUGGCCGUUCCUGGUGCUGAGCAGCUAGAACUAGAAGAUGAUGGUUCAGUUUCUGAAGUGGUCAAGGACAUCAUCAGUCUUCUGACUUUUACUGGAACUAGCAAGAACCAAGACUCCUUGGUUGUUACAGAGGAUGGAGCUAUGCUCCAGUCCAUACAGAUGGUUGCUGAUGUCCUGGAGUCUCUUCUGAGGAGGGCCGCAGCGGCGGAAUCCGAAGCGUCGUUUCAGAAGGAGAGGGUGAUCAUCAGUGAGGAAGAGAUUAGAAGGAAGACGGUCCAAAUCGAGAAUUUGUCAUUGAGGUUAGAAGAGAUGAAACAGAUUGUACAUGAGAAUAAAGAUGUUCUCGAUGAAACAGUGGAGAUAAUCAAGAAACUGGUUGAAGAUAGUAGGAAGGAUAGAGAGAAAGCUGUUGAGAAUGAAGAGGAGCUCCGCCGUGUGAAGACAGAGUUUGAGUCGCUUACAAAUUAUGUUAAUACUUCCACCAAUGUUGUGGAAACACUUCUUUCGUCGGAGAGGCAGUUCCAAACUAUCGAAGCACGGCUGGUUGCCAAGUCUGCACAGCUGGAAGGUGAGAAGGCGCAGAAAGAGGUAGAGGUUCAAAAGCUGAUGGAGGAGAACGUGAAGCUAACCGCUCUUCUUGACAAGAAAGAAGCGCAGCUUCAAGCCUUGAAUGAACAAUGCAAAGUCAUGGCUUUGAAUGCUUCAAACAUCUGAUUCUGCAUCUCUUAUCUCUUGGCAAAAGAAAGGAUCAUUCGACGUAGUAGCCGUACUUAAUUUGCUAAUGGCCCUAUGGGAUUCUUAUGUAUGACAUUCUGGUAACUCUGUACAAUCAUGGCUUUGAAUAAGCAAGUAAAAGUUGAUCCGUUUGGCUACUCAUUUGUUAAUAGUUUAUGCUUCUUUGUUGGUAUUGUCUCUGGACAUAUGCAUCAAUUGCUCUAUAUGAUAUAAUGAAGUUUAGUCUCUGAAGAA